CCUGAGUUUAAGAUACAUACACAUAAACUUCAUAUAUCAAGAUGACGAAGUUGAUGCAAUGGGUAACAAUCACUCUUUUGUAUGGUUGUUUCUACUUUACUGCACUUUUUAGUGAUACUUUUUCACCCUUUCAUUCGAAGGAAUUUAGAAUGGUUAUCAUGCUGUCACCAGUUAUUUUAAUCGGAUUGUUUGGAGUUUAUUCAGUUAUCACUAUAGCAUAUCGUGUUGCAACUUUUAAUGACUGCACAGAAGCAGCUGAAGAAUUAAGAGAGGAGAUACUAGAAGCAAAGAAAGAUUUAACAUCAAAAGGAAUGAAAUUUGAGUAGUGUUGAAUAUAUUUUAACUUUUUGUAAUUCAAUACGAAUAUUUAGUAGUUAUUUUUUAUCUUUUUGAAGAUGCUUGCACGACUGUAAAAUAGCAUAGAUAUGGGUAACCAAAGAAGUUAAAUCAUUUGAGAAGUAACGUUAGAUUCUUUGAAUACUCACUUUUCAGGCUGUGUAGUAGGUCUUUUUUGGAUUACUUUUCAAUCUUGCCAUUCGUUUCAAGCAUUAGAAUUUCUGUUUUGCGUAGCUUUAGCGUUCUAGGUAUCUUUUCUCUUGUGUCAAAAAGUCUUUGCGAAAUGUAUAUAUAUAUAUGUAAAAUAUUAUAUUUGUGGAUUUGGAAAUUUCGUCAGUAUUGUAAACAUUGGAAAACAACAAUGUCGUAAAAUGUAAAUUACAAUUUGAGGAUGAUUAUUUGUUCUAA